UCUUCUUCAUGUUUGAAUUUGAGCGUUAGGAAUUGCUAACGUUCGGUGUAAAGGAUAGAAAUCGAGCAGCUGCAUCCUGGAUAAACUUGCAGGGCCACCUAAAAAAUAUUCUAUUUUAAUUAACAAACUCAAAGUCUGUGAUAGUUUUUAUAUAUAUUUAGAAUAAAUAUAGGCCUUGUAAGGCCUUUCACGAUAAAUAACCAUGGAUAACUACAUAAAAAUCGAAAAAAUUGGUGAAGGCACCUAUGGAGUUGUUUACAAGGGAAAACAUAAGAAAACUGGUGAUAUAGUGGCAAUGAAGAAGAUACGUUUAGAAAGUGAGGAUGAAGGUAUUCCAUCAACAGCAAUUAGGGAAAUAUCAUUAUUGAAAGAGUUGAAGCAUCCUAAUGUUGUUGGAUUACUCGAUGUUCUCAUGGAGGAAUCCAGACUUUACCUUAUUUUUGAGUAUCUUACAAUGGAUUUGAAGAAAUACAUGGACACUUUGGGCAAUGGAAAACUUAUGGAUCCUAAAACUGUUCAAUCUUAUCUUUAUCAGAUUACAACAGCUAUUCUAUUCUGUCACACUCGUCGAGUUCUACAUCGGGAUCUUAAGCCUCAAAAUUUACUCAUCGAUAGCAAAGGAGUCAUCAAGGUGGCUGAUUUCGGUCUAGGACGAGCUUUUGGUAUUCCAGUUAGAGUUUAUACUCACGAAGUCGUGACUCUGUGGUAUCGAGCUCCAGAAAUUCUUCUAGGAACUACUAGGUACACGUGUGCCAUUGAUGUUUGGAGCAUUGGAUGUAUAUUUGCAGAAAUGGCCACAAAGAAACCUCUCUUCCAAGGUGAUAGUGAGAUUGAUCAAUUAUUCAGGAUUUUCCGCGUUUUAAAAACGCCCACAGAAGAAAAUUGGCCGGGGGUUACUCAACUUUCUGACUACAAAGCAACGUUUCCUAACUGGACAACAAAUAACUUGGCUAGUCAAGUAAAGCAAUUAGAUGAAAAUGGUCUUGACCUUCUUCAAUCGAUGCUUAUCUAUAAUCCUGAACAUCGAAUUUCUGCACGUGCUGCAUUGAAACAUGCUUAUUUCGACGAUUUGGAUACGCGAAAAUUGCCAUGGGGAUAUUGAUAAUUCUGUGAAUGACAUAAUCACUCAAUAUUUAUUUAUUAUUUUUUUACAUUUAUUUAUUAAUAUAAUUUAGAGGUUAAACUUCACAAUUACCAACACAAUCCGCGUUAUAUUACAUUUCUUAUAUUUAUUAUCAUUAAAAAAAGACAUUAGAAAUAUUUUGUAAACUUAGAAAUUUUAUUGCAAUUAUAUUGGAACAAAAUUUUAUCUAUGACGCUACUUUUUAAAAUUGUAUUUUAAAUUUCUGUCCCAAUUCAAGAAAUAGUUUUAAAAUUAUUAUUCCGAGUAAAAUGAAUAUUUUAAAUGCUCAACUUUUACUCUCAAAUGAAUAGUAAUAAAAUUACUGAGAUAGAUCUCUUUGAUUAGAGGAAAAAUUUGAUAAAGCUCAAUUUUACUAUUUUUAAGAUUAAUCAUAAGCUUAUUGUUUAUAUUUCAGUUUUAUUGCUAAGUUACCAUUAUGCCUUUCUGAAGAAUAAUUAAAAUAUUUUUCUCAUUAACGUUUUAGAUACGUUAAUCAGAAAAAAAUGUUUAAUCAUUCACGAAUUUUUCCAAACGGAGUCAAUCUGCCAAUUGAUUUAUGAGUGUUGUUUAUUCUUAGUGAAAAUACACUUGUUACUACGUUAUCGCCAAAUUUUCUUAUAAAAUUUAAUUUGCGGGCAAUAAAAAACAGCUUUUGUAAAUAUUUAAACAAAACGUGUAGUAAAUAUGGUAAAUUAAUGUUUAAACUUUUAUAUAGUAAUAUGUCAUUUAUUCAUUCCAUUUUAAAAACUAUGA